UUUAUGUUUCGUUGUUUGGCAUCAGUUUAGUUUUGUCCAUUCGCAACACCAAACAGUAGCCAUCAUGAAAUUAUUUGUUACUCUUGCCGUUUUGGCAGUUUGUGCCCAUGCUAACGCUCAACGUGGCCUCGGUUUCGGAGGUAGCAGUGCCAAUGCUGCUGCUAGCGCUAAUGCUGCAGCCAAGGGUGGCGCUGGAGGUUUCGGCGGUUUGGGUGGCGGUUUCGGUGGUGCUAAUGCCGGUGCUAAUGCUGCUGCUAAUGCUGGUGCAUCUGGUGGUGGUUUCGGCGGUCGUCCCGGAUUUGGCGGUUUAGGUGGCGGUUUCGGCGGUGCUAAUGCCGGCGCUAAUGCUAACGCUGGAGCCAAUGCUGGCGCUCUUGGAGGCGGUGGUGGUUUCGGUGGCCGUCCCGGUUUGGGUGGCGGUUUCGGUGGUGCUAAUGCUGGUGCUAAUGCUAACGCUGGUGCCAACGCUGGUGCUCUUGGCGGCGGUGGUUUCGGUGGUCGUCCCGGUUUGGGUGGCGGUUUCGGUGGUGCUAAUGCUGGUGCCAAUGCUAAUGCCAAUGCUGGUGCUCUUGGAGGUGCUGGUGGUUUCGGUGGUCGUCGUCCCGGUUUAGGUGGUCUUGGCGGUGGUUUCGGUGGUGCUAAUGCCGGUGCUAAUGCUAACGCUGGUGCCAAUGCUGGUGCUCUUGGCGGUGGUUUCGGUGGCCGUCCCGGUUUGGGUGGCGGUUUCGGUGGUGCUAAUGCUGGUGCCAAUGCUAAUGCUAAUGCUGGAGCCAAUGCUGGUGCUGGUGGUUUCGGUGGUCUUGGCGGUGGUUUCGGCGGUGGUUCUUCCUCUGCUUCUUCCUCAGCUUCUGCUUCCUCCACUGCUGGUGGUCGUGGCGGUUUAGGUGGUUUCGGUGGUGCCAAUGCUGGUGCUUCUGCUACUGCUAACGCCAACAGCAACACCGGUUUCCGCGGUUAAGCUCUAGUCCUAAUUGUUGUAUAAUGUUAAGACUAAUUUAUUACGAAAAAAAAAAUUCUAAAAAAUCAUAACAAAAAAAAUAAUAAAAACACAUUUGAAAUAUA